GAAUAUAAUGCCCAUCUUCUAUCCCAAUGACUAAAUUAUCUUUCGUUAAUUAUGUUGAUACUGUACGAGAUAUGAAGUGUAGGAUUUAAGGUUUACACGGCUUUAGUUAUGAAGAGUUGUAUGUGUUGUGGGAUAUAACAGCGUAUAGUCUGUGGGAAGUUGGCUUAUUUUGUCGACCCCAAAGGCACCCGAUUUACGUUCAGAAACGGCGGUUAAUUUUUAACAGAGUAGAGGAUGUUAUAUGCCUGGAGAUAAUAUCCUGCCUUAAUAAUGCAUGUUCGUGAUACGCAGGGCUGAACAAAGACGUAUCAAGUUGUCAUGACAACAGGGUAGCAACCCGUAGUGCGGUUUAAUGCGAUUUUGUCUUUCAUCGACUUCCAAGGUUCCUCUUUGAAUUUCAGAUUUAUUUGUGUUUGUAGCUUAGUAAAGUAAAAUAAAAGAUCAUGGUGAAGCUGCACGUUAAAAGAGGUGAUGAAAGUCAGUUUCUGUAUGAGACUACUGUUGAUAAAACAGUAGAUGAAAUUAUUAAAGAGGUGACUGUUAUUUACAACGGAAGAUUAAAAAUCAGUCGCGUAUGUGAUGAAAUGGAAGAGCUUGCAAAGCAUGGAACGCUUCUUCCUCCAAAUAUUAUGGGUCUGACAGAUGAACAAGUAGAAGAAUUGAAACUAGUGGAUGAAUGGGGUGAGAAAUGUGUUCCUAGUGGUGGUUGGACCUUCAAUAAAGAUCCUAUUGGAAGAAGAAAUGGCAGGCAACCUAAUGAGCACAUGCAAGAUGUCAUUAAAAGAACAACUGAAGAAGCCAAAACUAUGGUCUCUAAGAAGCAGGUUCAAGCUGGGGUUUGUCUUACACAGAAAAUGGUUCAGGAUGCUUUGGACAUUCUUCGAGGUGCAAUACUGAUAGUCUAUCCUAUGAACCUUCCACCACAUGAGGUUAUACGCCAUGAGUUUGAGAAUACCGAAGAUCUGUCUGGAAUGCAAGCUUCUUUAGAGGUUAUAGAGGUCACCCAGGCACAGUUAUGGUUUUCUGGCAAAGAAAUGUAUCGUGGUAAGAAGAUGGCAGAUUAUUUGGGUCGAAAUGAGAAAACCAAAGUGAUAGUGAAACUACAGAAGCAGGGACAGGGUCCUCCUGGAAGAGAGCCGGUGAUCAGUGAAGAAGACCGCAAGCAGAUGAUGCUUCAUGCUUACAGGCGCCAAGAAGAACUCAAGGUACUGGAAAGACCAUCACUGUUUGUAAAAUUGAAAUGAGUCAUUCUCUUGAUGCAAUCUCUUUUGCAUUGUUAAUUGUCAGACAUCAUAAAUUAUUUGUUAUGGUACUU